CAGAAAUAUAAAGUAGCAGCAAAACCAAAUAAGUAGGUCAUAUAUUUACUUGACAAACACAUUUUAAAAAAAUAAAGCGCUUCUUCAAAGUAACUGUUCGUAAGUGCGUGUCGCUUAGCAACCAGUUAGCCUAGCCGGCUCGGGAGCUAACUGCAUUCUAUUUUUCAGAAUAGAGAGAGUCAACGGAAAUGUGCGUCGUGCUGCACUACUUUCAUUACAAAAAGGUUUCAGUCGUGACCACUAAAGAUUUUUUAGAAAACCUGAAAGGGAGCGCAGUCGUGCCUGCCAGCCAUACAGUCAAUGCUGCCAACGCCUCGGCGAAUUCAAUUAUUACGGCGUCGAGUUACGCAACACGACGUGAAUCCUCGCAACGCCGCCGUUGCUCCGCGAAUAGCGUAAAUUCCAACAUCAUCAUAUUUGCGCUCUCGUGUUUCGUCAGUGAUGCACUAUUCAGUGCCUUUCUCCCUACGAGGCAUGUCUUCUCCACACCACAGCACUGCUGCUCCGUCGCAUGAAUUUACCGCACCGUCGACUCUUCCCAGCUGAAGGGCCGAGGUUUGGUGUUUUUGUCCGGCCCACUAACUAACUAACCAACACCGCAGCCGCCCGGCAGCUGUGCCCUCUGCUCCCGAAGGCAGCCCCCGUCAUGACCUCCUCCUCCUUCUGUGAAUCGGCCGAAAAUCGCUAAAUGGGAUUUGUGACUGUCCCGAGGUUUCCACAGCAACUGGCCAUCCGCUUCCAUUAUUUGUCUAAUGAGGACAGCCGCACGGGUCUAACACGGUUCCUCGCUGCGCGUCUCUGAUUUUUGGGCUGAAUCUCAAGACGCGUCAAAGGUCUGCACAUGGGGGCGGGCAAAAGCAAGCCCAAGGAGCCGGGCCAGCGCUCCAUGAGCCUGGACGGUACCAUAGGCACGGGCUCAGAUAGCGGGCACUUCCACCACCUGGGCCCCGCCCAGCAGACCCAGACCCCCAACAGGAGCCCCGCUGUCGGGGCAAGCAGGCGGGGGCCUCAAGGGCAGCACCAGCUAGCCCCGACAAAUACUCCUGAGCUGGCCCUCUUCGGAGGGGUGGACCACACAAAUGUCACAUCACCUCAGAGAGCGCCGUGGUCAGCAGGUGUCACUACAUUCGUGGCGCUGUAUGACUAUGAGUCACGGACAGCAUCUGAUCUGACCUUUAGGAAAGGCGACCGGCUGCAGAUUGUCAACAACACGAAAAAGUACAGCUUCAGAGAAGGGGACUGGUGGCUCGCCCGCUCCCUGACGACAGGAGAGAGUGGUUACAUCCCCAGCAACUAUGUGGCUCCGUCCGACUCCAUCCAAGCAGAAGAGUGGUAUUUUGGGAAGAUCACUCGGCGAGACUCGGAGAGGCUCCUUUUGAACCUGCAGAACAGACGAGGAACCUUCUUGGUGAGAGAGAGCGAGACGACUAAAGGGGCAUAUUGCCUGUCAGUGCUGGAUUAUGAUAACACCAAAGGCCUGAAUGUUAAACAUUACAAGAUCAGGAAGCUGGACAGCGGAGGCUUCUACAUCACCUCCCGCACCCAGUUCACCAGCCUUCAGCAGCUAGUCUUCCAUUACCGCAAGCACUCUGAUGGGCUGUGUCACGCUCUAACAGACGUGUGUCCUGUGGCUAAACCUCAGACACAGGGGCUGGCGAGGGACGCCUGGGAGAUUCCACGAGAGUCUCUGCGCCUCGACCUCAAACUGGGGCAGGGCUGUUUUGGAGAAGUCUGGAUGGGUACGUGGAACGGUACCACGCGGGUUGCCAUUAAAACCCUCAAGCCUGGCACCAUGUCUCCAGAGGCCUUUCUUCAGGAAGCACAGGUCAUGAAGAAGCUGAGGCACGAGAAGCUGGUCCAGCUGUAUGCUGUCGUGUCAGAGGAGCCCAUCUACAUUGUGACGGAGUAUAUGAGCAAAGGUAGUUUAUUGGAUUUCCUCAAAGGGGAUGCAGGGAAGAUGCUUCGUCUUCCUCAGCUGGUAGACAUGGCUGCUCAGAUUGCAGCGGGGAUGGCCUAUGUGGAGAGGAUGAACUACGUCCACCGAGACCUACGUGCUGCCAACAUCCUGGUAGGAGACAGCCUGGUGUGUAAGGUGGCUGACUUCGGUCUGGCAAGACUCAUCGAAGACAACGAGUACACUGCAAGACAAGGAGCCAAGUUCCCCAUCAAGUGGACGGCGCCCGAGGCAGCUCUGUACGGUCGUUUCACCAUCAAGUCAGACGUCUGGUCCUUCGGCGUGCUGCUCACAGAGCUGGCAACUAAAGGCAGAGUUCCCUAUCCAGGUAUGGUGAACCGCGAGGUGCUCGACCAGGUUGAGCGCGGCUACAGGAUGCCUUGUCCGUCAGAGUGCCCCAGCUCUCUGCACGAGCUCAUGCUCUCCUGCUGGAGGAAGGAUCCAGAGGAGAGGCCUACGUUUGAGUACCUGCAGGGCUUCCUAGAGGACUACUUCACCUCCACAGAACCCCAGUAUCAGCCUGGGGAGAACUUAUAGAACCACACACUGAACCGAACCUGGGGAUGGGGAUGGGGGUGGGGGUGGGGGGGGGGCUCGGCACAGAACGAUCUGCACUAACCGACCUCAGAGGAGCGGGAGGAUCUGAACCUGUGAAAGUAAAUCUGGAAGGAACCUGAGAUUCAUCUGUGGAAGCAAAACCGAGAUAGAAACCUGCGGAAGUCCCCUCACGUGCCACAAAGGAACUGGUACAGAAGAACCUGGAGAACCUCCUCUCUGCAAGCGCUCGGUUUACUCAAGCUCUCCUGCAGAAAAGAGGUUCGGAGCCAUGAAAGGGAACCUCUUGCUGGACGGACAUUGGCCCUGAUUGACUCGAGUGACUAAAGUUGCGCUGUGGCUGAUGUGGGAGGAGUCAGAUCAGGAUCCGCAGAUGGAGCAGUAGGAAAAAGAAUAAGCCUCCUGCCGAAGAGAGAAGGUGAAGGGAGGAUUUAUCAAUCAGACAUGAGCUGUUUAGUGAACCCUCCCUCUUUCUUUCUUCUGUCAUGUCUCGUUACCCUCGUCUGGUACCUUUUUCCGCCCACAGAAGAGCCCUUCCACUGUGGCUAAGGUGCCAAAGGAAACUCUCGUCUCUCUAAACGUCUUUUAUCUCCUCUCUUCCUCCUUUUCUGUCAGACUUUCAGUAUCCAGUUUUCUCAAGUGCUGCUUCUUUAAAGUGUCUCCAAAUAAUUCUACUUUGCAUCUUUAACUUUAUGUUUACUUGGACAAAUAUGUGGUUUGAGGUCUUUGUUCAGGGGCAGACUAAAGCGUUCACUUUCUUUUUCAGUGAUCAUUAGGCGAGGUUGUUAAAAUCAAUACCAAGGUCAGGCCAGGGUAAAUGAACUCGACCUCGAGGCAGGUUCUGCAACGCUGAGGAUUAGGUCAUUUAAAUUAACAAUUGAGGCCUUUUUCUCUUGUUUAACCGUCCUUCCCUUUCCUCGCUGUAUUUCUCGACAUGCAUUGAAAAGCCUGCUGGUUCCAAACUCGAUUAAAAAUGAUAUUGAUUCAGGUAGCGUGUCAAUGCUUUUGACUGAUUCGAACUAAAAAUAAUCAGCGCUGUUAAUCAGAUGAACAUGUCAGUUUCUCAGAAGCAUAAAUGGGGUAACUUCCAUCAAACAUUUAUGUGACCUACAAAAGCGGAAAACAUGGCUGCCAAACCAAUCAUAUUACUGGUGGAUAUCCAACACAAGACGGGAAGACCCCGAGUGUUAAAGCGUCUCUUGCUCGGUGCCAAACGCAUUUCUUUACUGCUGUCCGUGUAUAUACUGUUUUAUGAUCAAUCACUCAACUGCUUACUUAAAUUAAAAUUCCCCAGUAAGUGUAGUGAGUUAUCGGGACAGAUAAACCUGUUCACUGAAGUAGACGGAAGGUUUUUUAUUCCCAGCUGUUGUCGAUAUAAAAUAUGCAAGCAGGCAGCCCUAAUGAAACUGUAAGACUCCAAUCAGGUAACCCUAAUAAAACUGUGUUUAUGACUUUACUAGAGGACUUGAUUUUUAAAGCCAGUUAGCAUGCUUUUGUGCCGUUCUUCUCUUGACCACUUGGCUGGGUUUGUAUUUUUGCUGUACUGUACAUCAACAUGUGUUUGUUUACUGAAGGUUCAGGUGAGGCACCAGGGAUCAUAGACUUGUGAACAUGGGUGCCAUCAAUCGAUGAGUUUUUUUUUUUUAUACAUAUAUACAUAUAUAUAUACAUCUCACCCACUGCUCACUGUCACACUGUACAUACUGUAGCUCUCUAGGGUUGGUUUUUGUACCAUGUGCGUCACUUUCAAAUGGUAUUUAUGUUUUGGGGGAUCAUGCAUUUCACAGUGGUUUGCUUUACCUCGUAGUCGAGCAGAUAAACGGUUACCAAUUGUUGCCAACAAAUGCAGCCACGCAGCAAUAAGAGAGACGGUAGUAACGGCCACAAACAUGAAAUUAUCAUCCAGUGACGACUUACAACGGCGGCUAAUUUAAUGAAUAUUCUGGACAAUUCUGAAACCACAAUUUGGAAAAAAACAAGGGGGUUACGGUGUUAGUGUGAAAAGAAAAAUGAGGUCAAAGAUGUAAAUAGUAUCUUAAACAAAUGACUGUGACUAUCAUGUAAUUUGUUUUUGUAUAGUUUUUCUUUCAUUGCACCUCCAUGUUGAGGUUUUUACAGUGACACGCCUGCUCCCAAAAAAAAUGUUUCAUUGAUGAUGCAACGCUACUGUAAAUGGGGCUUAAGGAAUGUUUUUUUUUUUUUUUAAUUUUUAAUUUGGGGGAUUAACAUAAAAUUCUGUACCUGCAAAAGACAAUUCAGAAUCGGGUUUGACGCUAUUAUUACUGUCAGUGCUUUCCUUUUUUUAAAAAAAAAAGAAAAAAAGAAUGGGAAUUACCCAGUUUGUUUUGACACUGAACCGCCUCUAAGUCACCGACAAUGUGGAAGUCAGUGAACUCAUGACAAGUAUGAGUAAUGAUGUGAUUGGAAUUUUCUGUGCCAUAUUAGAGAAGUGUCUCAAUUUUUUUUUUUUUUUUCCUUUUUAAUGUUUUUCUUUUUUAUGAAUCUAUGCAGUUUGGGUCUGGCAUUCCUGCAACUUUAUGGCCAUUUUGUUCUAAAGUCAAAAAUAAUGAUCUUAAAGAGAAGGUGUGAGCAUUUUGUAAGGACCUCCUUUGUCCUUUUUUUUUUUUUUUUCUUUUUGUUCUAAUGUAACAGAAUUGAAAUAGGUAUCGUGCCAAUUUAUGUUGAUCUUUAAAUGUGCAAUAAAUUAUAUUUCAAAUGUG